AUGCUGUGCCGGUCCAAGGAGCGGGCGGCAGCGGCUCGGGAUGAGAUUGUCGGCGAGACAAGCAACCCAAAUGUGCACGUCAUUCUCGCCGACCUCUCUCUGCGCUCGGACUGUCGCCGCGCGAUCGGCGAGCUCGCGGCGCACGCCUCGAGGCUGGACUGCCUGGUCUGCAAUGCGGGCGUGCUGCUCAACGAGCGGACAGAGACGGCGGAGGGGCACGAGGUGACCUUUGCGACGCACCUGCUGUGCGGCUCGUACCUUCUCCCGCGCCUCGCCCUUCCGUUGCUGCGCAAGGCUGCCGAUCCGCGGGUCGUCUUCGUCUCGUCGGGCGGGAUGUACAACACAAGGUGGCCGGGGGCCGAGCGCGGCAGCUGCUCCGCCGGGCAGCCUUACAAUGGCCAGCUCGCCUACGCGUACGCCAAGCGCGGCCAGGCCCUGCUCGCGGAGGCGCAUGCCUGUGAGCAGGUCCUGCUCGCGGAGCGGCUGAGCAAGCUCCUGCCGGCGGUGACCUUCGUCUCGUGCCACCCCGGCUGGGCGGACACGCCCGCCGUCGAGGCGGCGUACGGCGCGGCCAAGAGGCUGCUCGCGCCGAUGCGGAGGCAGGGCGCGGAGGGGAUCGCCUGGCUGGCGGUCUGCCCGAGGGACGAGCUCGAGCCGGGAGGCUUCUACCUCGACCGGCGGCCGCAGGCGAAGCACAUGGCGGGCCCCUUCUUCAGCGAGGGCUCCUUCACCAAGAACUCGGAGGAGGAGGUGGGAGCGAUGCUGCGCCUGCUCGACGGCCUCGCCGGCCUCGAGCCGCUCGGCGCGGUCGACGGGCUGUCUAGAUGCUGA